AAUUGCUAACUCCUGAAAGCAGUACAAUGCCAAUAACAUCCAAUAAACCAACCAACAACUGACUCAACAUUAUAUGGGAGCGGCCAUGCUGAAUUCGGAAAUUCUUGCGUCGACUUUAAAGGGCGGUUUCAACUUCAUGGCGCAUUCUAAUUCCUUUUCCAACUGGUGACUCGAUAAUCCAAUUUACGAGCAUGAUAGAACGCAUCAAAUGAGUCCAGGAAGUGACUACUGUUUAUGACCUACUGAUUGACAUCCGUACGGACUUUAUCGCGCAUUUUAUUAAUCGUUAUAUGGGUUUGAAUUUGUGCAUCCGCUCUAUGUCCUCGUCGAUUUGAAACAGAUUCUAGUUCCAGACACAGCGAGGCAGCAAAUGUUGAUGAAGAAGAGGAGCCAUUGGUGCCUGAUAGCUUCAGGUAUGGUGUCAUUAAUCCUGUUCAUGAUGCUGCUGUACAGCGGCAGCAGCGGCGGCGGGCUGCGCCGGAGCAGCUCCAGCCUGAGACAUGACUACCAGCUGAUGGGGACACCGCUGUACAAACUGGACCUGGGCUGGCCCAAGAACCCGGAGAUCUUCACCGGAGAGGUGUUCUGUGUGGCUGUCAACCAGUACGCGGCGGUGGUGUUCGUAGCACAGAGAGGAGCUAAUGUCCCCAAAGUGCUGGUCUUCACCACAGAAGGAGAGUUUCUCAUGUCGUGGAACACAACUACCCUGGAGAUGCCUCAUGGGAUGUUUUUAGCAGACGCAUCCUCCAAAGAUCCCACCAUUUGGAUCACUGAUGUGGGGGAUGGUCCGUAUGGCCAUUCCAUCAAACAGUACUCCCCAAAAGGAGAGCUUUUGCAGGUGCUUGGGACUCCAGGGAAAGCAGGUUCUGGGUUGGACCCUCUGCAGUUCGACCAGCCAGCUGAGAUUUUUGUCCAUGAAUCUCAGGAAAUGUAUAUUGUGGAUGGUGAUGGAGGCACGAACAACCGCCUCAUCAAGCUCUCUAAAGACCAGAAAGUGUUGUGGAUGCAUGCAGAGAAAGGACAAGGCCUGGCUCAGUUCUAUAUUCCUCACAGCGUGACAGUGGAUAGUGCCCAGAGAGUGUGGGUGGCUGACAGGGGCAACAAAAGGAUCCAGGUGUUUAACUCCAUUACAGGGGACUGGCUGGGCACAUGGGGCAGCUGCUUCACAGAGGAUGCACCCUACUCUGUUCGCCUGACUCCAGACAAAAAAUAUUUUGUUGUUGUACAGCUAAACACCAAUCAGAUUACACUGCUAGAUGCACCACCUGUGGGGUUAAUUGGUCAGUGUAAAGUGGCAAGCGUCAUCCAGCUGGCGGAAGAUGUGAAGCCUCACCUGGUUGAUCUGGAUCUAAAGGCCGGAGCUUUGUACGUGGCAGAGAUUGGAGCUCAACAGGCUCAGAAGUUCACUCCCUUCAGUCUGGGUGGAAGUUUGGUUUGAAUGCAUGCUGGGUUAAAACUGAAAUAUUGAAUUGGAAGAGCUCAGAUGUAACUGAGAUUCCAGUUUUAAAAUGUGCCAGGAUGUCAGAAAGAUUUUUAAUAAUGUUUUAGAAAGUAAAAAAACAAAUAAAUAAAAUCCUCUCAUGCUUGAUAUUAGAUGUCCUAUAUAUCGUCUGGUAAAUCUUUCUCUAAGAAAUUUCAUUGUGAACUGAAAGUUUACCAAUUGUUUGAAUGGCCUUUAUUGUUUUUGCUGUUUAGUGCAAUUAUGUGCCAUGUCUCUGCCAGUUUGCACUGCUUGAAUACAUAAAAGCCCAUAUGAAGAUGA